GUCCUCUGCGACUCCGUGGGAAUACCCUGCAGGCUGAUGAGGGGCCCCCCAGGGCCUCCAGGGGCCCCCGAGUUUGUCUACAACGUGGUGCUAAUAGGGUCUGGCCAAGAGGCUGAGCUUGAGCACUUGAUGCCGAUUCUUUGGGGGGACACUCCAGAAACCGUGGAGGGUCGGGGGGCUCCCCAGGGGGGUCCCCAGGGGGCCCCCGACGGGGGCCCCCUGGCCGCGGGGGACUCUGGGGGCCCCCCUUCCUUCUCGCUGCAGCUAAACCCUCCCCAGCUGGGGAGGCCCCCCUGCAGCGGCAGUCCUUGUUGCAGCUUCUGUGGUCCCCGGAAGCCCUGCGGGUCUUCUAAGUGCAUUUACCUGGCCAAUCAGCAGCAGCAGCAGCAGCAGCAGCAGCAGCUUGCUGCGGAGCGAGAUUUGGACCGGUUUCUGCUGCAGGCCAGCGGGGGGCCCGCUGCAGACCUAGACCUCGACUACUUCUUUACUUUUCAUGACAAACUUGGGAAAGGUAAUUUCGGAGAAGUUUGGAGGGUUUCUUUGAAGCCCCACGCGCUGCGGGCCCCGGGCCACCCCCCCCGCAGCUGCAGCAGCAGCAGCAGCAGCAGCAGCAGCAGCAGCGGCCGCUUGGGGGCUGCGAGAGGCAGCAAGAAGGAACAAGACGCGGAGGAGGAAAGGGGGGAGCAGCACGCUCCGCAGUACGCCCUCAAACUCGUGCCCAGGAAAGAUGAGAACGUGCCGGAGGCGGAGAUAAUGCGCAGCUACACCCACCCCCGAAUAGUCCCCUUUUUGGGGGUUUUUGGAGGUUUUCAAAUGCUGGAAGACAGAACAAAAAGAAGAACCAAACACAGCAGCCUUUGCUUCCUCAUGCACGUCGCAGACGAGUCCCUCGGUGAGGCCCCCGCAGCUAGCUAG